CACCGGAUCAGGCCGGCCGGCAAUGGGCGCCAUUUUGAAACCCCGAAGCCUCCCGCGGCGGCAGCUCCGUGCGGCGGCUGCGACCCGCUCCCGGCCGGCGCCUGCCCCCGCGGGCCCCCGCCUCCGCCGCACCGGCACCGCGCGAUAUGGCAGGGGUGGCAGGAGGUGGAGGCGUCGGAGGCAGCAACGACUUCCAGUGGUGCUUCUCCCAGGUGAAGGGGGCGAUCGACGAGGACGUGGCGGAAGCUGAUAUUAUUUCAACAGUUGAAUUUAAUUACUCUGGUGAUCUUCUUGCAACAGGAGACAAAGGUGGCAGAGUGGUUAUAUUUCAAAGGGAACAAGAGAAUAAAAGCCGUCCUCAUUCCAGGGGGGAAUACAAUGUUUACAGCACCUUCCAGAGUCAUGAACCUGAAUUUGACUACUUGAAAAGUCUAGAAAUUGAGGAAAAAAUCAAUAAAAUUAGGUGGUUACCACAACAGAAUGCUGCUCACUUCCUGCUGUCUACAAAUGAUAAAACUAUUAAAUUAUGGAAGAUAAGUGAAAGGGAUAAAAGAGCCGAAGGUUAUAAUUUAAAAGAUGAAGAUGGAAGACUGCGGGAUCCCUUCAGAAUCACAGCACUGCGGGUGCCAAUCUUGAAACCCAUGGACCUAAUGGUAGAAGCAAGUCCCAGAAGGAUAUUUGCAAAUGCACAUACUUAUCACAUAAACUCUAUUUCAGUAAAUAGUGAUCAUGAAACGUACCUUUCUGCGGAUGACCUAAGAAUUAACCUAUGGCAUUUAGAAAUCACAGAUAGAAGUUUUAAUAUUGUAGAUAUUAAGCCUGCUAACAUGGAGGAGCUGACAGAGGUGAUCACUGCUGCGGAGUUCCACCCUCACCACUGUAACGUGUUCGUGUACAGCAGCAGCAAAGGAACCAUUCGCCUCUGUGACAUGCGGUCCUCAGCACUCUGCGACAGGCACUCCAAGUUUUUUGAAGAGCCCGAGGAUCCUAGCAGCAGAUCAUUUUUUUCAGAGAUAAUAUCCUCGAUAUCUGAUGUUAAAUUCAGUCACAGCGGCCGAUACAUGAUGACAAGAGACUACCUGUCAGUCAAAGUGUGGGACCUCAACAUGGAGAACAGGCCUGUAGAGACAUACCAAGUUCAUGAGUACCUUCGGAGCAAGCUGUGUUCCCUCUAUGAAAAUGACUGCAUCUUUGACAAGUUCGAGUGCUGCUGGAACGGUUCUGAUAGCGCUAUCAUGACUGGGUCCUACAACAACUUCUUCAGGAUGUUCGACCGCAACACGCGCCGGGACGUCACCCUGGAGGCCUCCCGCGAGAGCAGCAAGCCCCGCGCCGUGCUGAAGCCGCGCAAGGUCUGCACGGGGGGCAAGAGGAAGAAGGACGAGAUAAGCGUUGACAGUCUGGACUUCAACAAGAAGAUCCUGCACACAGCGUGGCAUCCCAUGGAGAACAUCAUUGCUGUAGCUGCCACCAAUAACUUGUAUAUAUUCCAGGACAAAAUUAACUAGAGAUGACUUCCCCGAGGACGGAGCUGUCGUCUCGCAUAGUUACGCUCAGUUGUUUAUCUGUAAAAGAGAAGGCCUUGUUGUCUUACCAGUGAAGAACAUUGAUGCACUUACUUCCCUUUAGCUCCAGGAGAGGAUCUGGCCAGGUUUGGAGUCAUGGAUGUUCUGCUGUCGGGGUAGGGAGCGUCAGCCACAGCUUUCCAGGUGGAACCCUCAGGCAGAAUGGAUGGACAGUGCUCACGAAGGCCAGCGCUCAAACCCAGUGUAUUUAUUGAAGUCUGAGCCUUCCUUUCCACUUGAUAGACCAAAAAUCUAACACCCAAGAAGGAAACUUGUCACGACAGUGUAAUUUCUUCUCUCUCACGCUCUUUCUGCUGUAAUAUUUGGGCCUUUCAGAACAUAUAUUGUGCUUAAUGCCUGUGAACAUUCCUCCUCUGGCCUUUUCGGGGCUUAGGUGGUUUUACCUUGGAGCACUUAGGUAGGUCUUGAGUUGGGUUCGUAGACAGGUUUCCAUGACUAUUUACUCAGCACCUGUAUCUCUAACCACACCUUCUGGUGUCAACCACUUAAUAAAAUAACAAGCUAUAAAAAGUGUUUUUAAAUCUGAA